AUUUGACAUUUGCAUUUUUACUGUGUCCAAAGUAAAAUAGCGUAGCGCGGUUUGUUGUUAAAUUUGUUAGGUUUUAACACUUAGGGUAAUAUCAAUUAUUUUAGUAGCUAUGGAAGUCAUUGUGGCAAACGUAGAUCAUAUCAAAUUCGAUAUUGAUUACGCAUUGGAACAGCAAUAUGGAGCACUACCCUUGCCUUUCCCUGGGAUGGACAAAUCGACUGCGGCUGUUUGCGAAUUUUUUGGACAACCAGGCGGUUGUAGCAAUGGUCCUCAAUGCCCUUACAGACACGUCCGUGGAGACCGCACAGUCGUGUGCAAGCAUUGGCUACGUGGACUCUGUAAAAAAGGCGAUCAAUGUGAAUUUCUUCAUGAAUAUGACAUGACUAAGAUGCCGGAAUGUUACUUUUAUGCUCGAUUCAAUGCCUGUCAUAAUAAAGAGUGCCCAUUCCUACACAUAGACCCAGAGAGUAAAAUUAAAGACUGUCCUUGGUAUGAUAGAGGAUUUUGCAGACAUGGUCCCCACUGUAGACACAGACAUGUCAGGAGAGUGUUGUGCAUGAACUAUUUAGCUGGUUUCUGUCCAGACGGUUCUAGCUGUAAGUUCAUGCAUCCAAGGUUUGAGCUUCCUGCUCCUCCAGAACAAACUAAAGAUGCUAAACGUCUGCCCGUAUGCCAUUACUGUUCAGAAGUCGGCCAUAAAGCAUCCACAUGUAACAAGAUUCCACCUGAUCAAAAAGAAGUAGUAUUAAGACAAGAGGAGGCAAGAUACAGAUCUCUAGGCUAUGUGAAGCAAGUGACUGAGGAUGGUGACAUACACAGAGUGCAGCGGUUAAUGCACAAGCCAUUAGAAGAAGUGACUUGCUUCAAGUGCGGGACGAAGGGACAUUAUGCAAACAAAUGUCCCAAAGGACACCUGGCAUUCCUCUCGAAUCAACCUGGACAGAAUCCCAACCACAUGUUCAAAAAACCUAACUAGUAUAAGCUUAUGAAGUCUUACAAGACUUCAUUCUAGUUUUAGGGGAAGUGUAACUGGUGUUAUCAGUGCUAGAAGCUUUGGUACUUGCUGGCCAAAAAUGACAUAAGUGACGUUUUUGUGCUGGUUUUUAUUUUUCCCGAUAGUGUACAUAUGAACAUUCUGGUUUUUUUUUUGUAGAUUUAAGAAAUUUAAUUUUGUGUGAUUUAGAGAAACUGAUAAAAUUAUGAAAUUUAUUUGAUCAUGGUGUCUCUCUUUUCAAAAUAAUUUUGUUUGUCCUAUUUCAUUCACUAGUAUUCAAAUAAAUUACAUAUAUUUUUUUCUAUUUGUUGUGUACUGUGAGGGUACCACUUUAUCAUUGCAUUCCCUUUAACAUCUAGUUCACAAAUUAUAUUUCUAAUCAUAUUCAUUCAACUAUUUUAUUCUGUAAAUAGUAGAUAGCUUCAAGAAAAUCAUUAUCUUGGUUUUCCGCUAUAGUAGACUAAAUGAAGGUUAUAGUUAACUUCACCACAAUAUGUUAAAAAUAAAACACAAAAUUGGUUCAUGCCUUAAGAAAUAGCAUAGGAAAAAUUGUAAAUAUUGUGUAAAGACUAUUUGUAUAUAAAUAAACUAAAAGAAUGUCUUAGUAUUUCUUUUUCGCAUCACAAAUAAUUUUUAUAUGAAC